AUGGUUUCAACACACGAUGGACUUGAGGCAGGCAAUGCUGCGGGAUAUAGGGAUAUGUCGCAGGAAUCUAACACACAGUCCUCACCUAGUGUGAGGGAAUCGCAUAACGAUGUACAUGCGAACGCGGAGUUAUCGCAAACCCCACCGUCACAGACAGUUGAUCACGCCCAAAACAAAACUGUAGAGGGAACGUCGAGCCCCUCUGCGUCUGAACUGGGGCAUGUCGCCUUGCCUCAGAUCCCUCCUGCCAAUGGCCUCGAAAAUUCCGCAGACAUCUGGGCUGACAGCGUAAAUAGCGAUUUGCGAAGAUACAAUCCGCCUACGCAGCCAUUUUCUGCCCAGGUAAAAGGGCAGACAGAUCCUAGCUCUCUAAACGACCACACACUGGGUGACUUACCGACAUCUGAAAUACAGCUACAGUCAAAUAACCCAUUCCUCAAAGCCAAACUGAGUCGUGAUCAAAACUUGAACACAGCUUCAAAUGCUGCAAAAGACCCUUACGAUAACCAGAAUGCUUCUAUCCACCCCCAACGUUCCUAUAAUGCCAACCAGAUCUGCGACGAAAUAGGCAACUUGACCCUGACUUCCCCCACCCAUAAUACUACUGCCGACGCACAUGAUGGUCAAGCUGUCCCUGCGGAAGGUAGGGUGCGCGCGACCCAUGAAGUUACAUCGCCAACGGAAUCAGGGAACUUGAUUGAAUUAGACUCCCAUGACCACUCAGAAUCAGAAACACACUCUGCGAUGAAUAUUCCUGGUGAAUCUAGCGACGAGAAAAUAGACAGAGGUAAAGGAGUGGCCACUCAAAAUAGUGAACAUCCGGAGCCUUUUGUGACAAACCCAACAAGCCCAUCUCUAGUUCCGGACAUAGUUGAACCAGCUCCGAGUCCUAAACCCACAUCCCCUGCGCCGUCAUCUCAACACUCAAGUCAUAAGUCUGAAAUAUAUGAUAUUCGCAUUAUUAAUUGGACAGAUGGAACCACCGAGUUACGUCAGUCGCCAAUUUUGGUGCAAAAUGAAAACGGGCCAUGUCCACUCCUUGCGUUAGUCAACGGCCUUGUGUUAAGGUCUCCGAUUAAUGCACAAACGCCGCUUAUCCGGGCACUGCAUUCUAGAGAAAGGAUAUCUCUAGGAUUGCUCAUACAGGCCCUGUUUGAUGAACUCGUUAGUUCACCAGACGUAAACAGUGAAUUGCCCGAUAUUGAAGCCUUGAGCGUGUUUCUCACAAUGUUGCACACUGGAAUGAACGUAAACCCACGAUUAACUCCGAUACUACAUCCUCCUACACCUGGAACUUUUCUCAAGACACGAGAUAUUGAGCUAUAUAGUACAUUUGAUCUCCCGCUAGUCCACGGCUGGACUGCGGCGCCAUCUUCGCCAACUCACGAAGCAAUGCUUCGUGUUGCUGAAUAUCACGACGAUAUUCAGUUACUUCAUUUCAAAAGAGAAGAUCUAGAAUCUAGAGCUAUAAAUACCGGGUCGCUAGCUCCAGACGAACAACGACUGUUUGAGGAUAUAGAUACCAUUCAACGAUUUGUGACAGUAGAUCACCCUACCCAAUUGAGCCCCUUUGGCCUCCAGCACCUGGAGAGAUCCAUACCGGCGGGUAGCAUUUGUGUGUUAUUCAGGAACGACCACUUUGCAACACUCUUUAAACACCCACUAUCUAACCAGCUAUUCACACUGGUUACCGAUGCCGGGUAUGCUGGCCAUGCAGAAAUUGUCUGGGAGAGUCUGGUGGAUGUGAAUGGCACCAGCUCGGAGCUAUACUCCGGUGACUUUCGCCCCGUAGGUCAUAGCAGCUCUGCACCUAGCCAGCAUCCGCCAUGCACAGAGGGGCCAUCUUCGAGGGAGAAUGCGAGUGCUACCGAACAAACAGAUGCAGACUAUGCCUUUGCACUCUCGUUACAGUAUGAAGAUGAGCAAAACCGGCGAAACGAGCAAGGUCCUCCACAACCCCCACGCAGGUCACAGAACAACCUCAGAAUAAACUCUGAAAAUACCUCUCCCCGGGGCCGAUCCCAGCAUCAAGUCCGGAACACCCGGUCCGCUAGCUUUUCACGACCUAAUUCUGCUCUCCCGUCAACUUUGACCCCCCUCCCCCGUACACCUACUACUCACCGCCCACCCCCAUCAAGAGCUCAAGGCUUCCCUCCAAUGGUUCCACCUGCCCCUAACCAAAAUAAUCCUGUCAAUGACCCUAGUGCCCCUCCCCCGACCUAUGAGCAAGCUGCUCAAGAACCAGCAUAUAUACCACCACCUAACGGGCCUUUACACCCUCAGCAGCAACAGCAUCAGCCCUAUCACGGUCCUUUGGGCCCAAAUCCUCAAUAUAAUCGAAUGUCGGGGUAUGGUCCAGGUCCACACAUGUCUGGCAGGAGACGACAAUACCCUGGCUCGCUGUCAACCUCUUCAUUACCCCAUCGUGACGAUUACUAUAGAGAGAGAGAGAGGAAUAAAGAUUGCAUUGUGAUGUGAUUCGCCGCAUUGUUGGUCAAGUAUUUUAUUCCUAGGCAUUUACUUAUUGCGUAUGUUCGGAUUCCUCGGUUUUAGUUAACGAUUAUCUGUUGUAUGUAUGUGCACGUUAUUCCCCAUCUGUCUCAGACGAAUAUGUGGUGGGGUUCUGAAUUUAUGAGAAUAUUAUGGUGAUUCUGGAGUUCGGACGAUGUUUGGAGUAGCUCUUAGCAUACCUAUAUCAAUCCUCUCGUCUAUGUGUCGAGUACAUACGACCAUAGGAAGUGGAAAACAGAGCUUCCCGUCCGCUCAGCUGUACUUAAGCCACUUGCCGGUCGGUUAGUAGUUGGGUGGGUGACCACCAGCGAAUCCCGACUGUCGUAUGUUUUAACUUUUUUUACUAUCUUUUUUUGAUACUUG